UGAGCUCGGCCAUGGGAAACAGGAAGUGAACGUCACUAACACAAAAAUUAGGCUAAAACGAAAACACUGCGGUGCUGAGGAGGAGGAGGAGAAUGAGCAAAUCGUCUCAUUUGGCAGCGAAGAUGAUGAACUGUUGUGUUAAGGGUGGAUUUCAUGCAUUGACGAGGGCGCUUUGCUAAAUGGAGUCGGAGCAGCUGUACCACAGAGGCCACUGCAGGAACAGCUACAACAGCAUUGCCAGCGCUAGCAGCGACGAAGAACUGCUUGAUGGAGCCGGCAUCAUCAUGGACUUCCACACCACUGAGGACGACAACCUGCUGGAUGGGGACGCUUCCUCCCCAGGCUCCAACUACGCCAUGUCUAACGGGGGCGGGGCACCCAGCAGCUCUACUCACCUGCUGGACUUCUUAGAGGAGCCCAUUCCCGGCGUGGGCACCUAUGACGACUUCCACACCAUCGACUGGGUGCGUGAGAAAUGCAAGGAUCGCGAGAGGCACCGAAAGAUCACCAGUAAAAAGAAGGAGUCAGCAUUGGAGUUUACAAAGAGUCUAUAUGACGCUUGGUCAGGAUGGCUGGUGGUGACGCUCACAGGUUUAGCCUCAGGGGCGCUGGCCGGUCUGAUCGACAUUGCCGCCGACUGGAUGAACGACCUGAAGGAGGGCGUGUGCCUGAGCGCCAUGUGGUUCAACCACGAGCAGUGCUGCUGGACGUCUAACGAGACCACCUUUGCAGAGAGAGACAAGUGUCCCCAAUGGAAGAGCUGGGCCGAACUCAUCCUGGGCCAGGCCGAGGGUCCAGGCUCGUACAUCAUGAACUACUUCAUGUACAUCUACUGGGCGCUGUCCUUUGCCUUCCUUGCCGUGUGUCUGGUCAAGGUGUUUGCUCCGUACGCUUGCGGCUCAGGGAUCCCAGAGAUCAAGACCAUCCUGAGUGGCUUCAUCAUCAGAGGCUAUCUGGGCAAGUGGACCCUGAUGAUAAAGACCAUCACUUUGGUGCUGGCUGUGGCAUCGGGUCUCAGUCUGGGCAAGGAAGGUCCACUGGUCCAUGUGGCGUGCUGCUGCGGCAAUAUCUUCUCCUACCUAUUCCCAAAGUACAGCAAGAACGAGGCCAAGAAGCGAGAGGUUCUCUCUGCUGCGUCGGCAGCAGGAGUGUCUGUGGCGUUUGGAGCGCCAAUUGGUGGCGUUCUCUUCAGCCUGGAGGAGGUCAGCUACUACUUCCCUCUGAAGACACUGUGGCGUUCUUUUUUUGCCGCCCUAGUGGCCGCCUUUGUCCUGCGCUCCAUCAACCCUUUUGGAAACAGCCGGCUGGUGCUGUUCUACGUGGAGUACCACACGCCAUGGUCCCUGUUUGAGCUCAUCCCCUUCAUCCUUCUAGGGGUUUUUGGGGGCCUGUGGGGCGCCUUCUUUAUCCGGGCCAACAUCGCUUGGUGUAGGAGGCGGAAGUCCACCCGAUUUGGUAAGUAUCCGGUUUUGGAGGUGAUCCUGGUUGCGGCGAUUACAGCCGUCGUGGCUUUUCCGAACCCGUAUACCCGCCAGAACACCAGCGAGCUGAUCAAGGAGCUCUUCACUGACUGCGGCCCGCUGGAGUCCUCACAGCUCUGCCAGUACCGCAGCCAGAUGAACGGCAGCAAAGCCUUUUCGGACAACCCCAACCGGCCCGCUGGGCCCGGAGUCUACGCCGCCAUGUGGCAGCUGUGCCUGGCGCUCAUCUUCAAAAUCAUCAUGACCAUCUUCACCUUCGGCCUCAAGGUGCCGUCGGGCUUGUUCAUUCCCAGCAUGGCCAUCGGGGCGAUAGCGGGACGAAUCGUUGGCAUCGCCGUGGAGCAGCUGGCGUAUUACCACCAUGACUGGUUCCUGUUUAGAGAGUGGUGCGAAGUCGGAACUGACUGUAUCACGCCGGGACUCUAUGCCAUGGUGGGGGCUGCCGCCUGUCUGGGGGGCGUAACCAGGAUGACCGUCUCUCUGGUGGUCAUCGUAUUCGAGCUGACCGGCGGCCUGGAGUACAUCGUUCCCCUCAUGGCUGCCGUCAUGACCAGCAAAUGGGUGGGUGACGCCUUCGGCCGUGAGGGCAUCUACGAGGCCCACAUCCGCCUUAAUGGCUACCCCUUCCUGGACGCCAAGGAGGAAUUUACGCACACGACUCUCGCCAGGGAGGUGAUGAGACCUCGCCGCAGCGACCCGCCGCUCGCCGUGUUGACGCAGGACGACCUGAGCGUGGAGGAACUGCAGGCCGUCAUAAAUGAAACAAGUUACAACGGUUUUCCUGUGAUCGUGUCCAAGGAGUCCCAGAGGCUUGUGGGCUUCGCUCUGCGUAGGGACAUCACGAUCGCUAUAGAGAACGCCCGCCGAAAGCAGGAAGGCAUCCUGUUAAACUCCAGGGUCUACUUCACCCAACACGCCCCCACCCUGCCUGCUGACAGUCCUCGCCCCCUCAAGCUGCGCUCUAUCCUGGACAUGAGUCCCUUCACGGUGACAGACCACACCCCCAUGGAGAUCGUGGUGGACAUUUUCAGGAAGUUGGGGCUGCGCCAGUGCCUGGUCACUCACAACGGGAUUUUGUUGGGCAUCAUCACAAAGAAGAAUAUAUUAGAACAUCUGGAGGAGCUCAAGCAGCACACGGAGCCCCUGGCGGCUUCUUGGCGUCAUCACAAAAAAAGAUAUUCUCCGUCACAUGGCUCAAAUGGCAAACAAAGAUCCAGAGUCCAUCAUGUUCAACUGAUCCGCUCCUUCCAGGACGGCUGGGUGGGAGGGGGAGGUGACAGCGAGGAGGAGGAAGUGCACCUACUGGACGGCGCCAACCUAUGACACUUUUUGUUUCCUUUUCACUUUUGAGCUUUAUAGACUCGCCCGGUGGCCAUUAAAGGGAACACCUCAAGCAUGCGCUCUUGUCCGCUCACACACAACGAUGUGGUAUUGACCGCAGCUGGACCUGUGAACCUUCCUCACCUGUCCGUCCUCCUGAAUGAACUUUAUCGUACCAGGUUGCCACACUAGAUUAAUGUGCUUGCCCGGGAGAUUUGAAAAAGAGAAUCGAGCAUCCGUCCAUCCGUCAGCGUGAAACAAAGGUGAAACAAAUGAUGCAAUUUGUCAAUUUACUUUUCACUCCUGCUAAUUUUCCAUCGGGAGACUGUGUCCUCAUGCUGAAGUUUCCGGGCCUCUGGAGAAAUCUGUGGAUUUAUUUCUCAUCUCCACUGAUGAAGACGGUUGGCAUAGAGAAGAGUGUUUCCUCUUCAACUUGAUGUUUCCUCAAUUAUGUGCCGUGUCAAUGAAGUUGUGCAUCGUUGUGAAGAAUUUCAUGUUAAAUUUAUUUGAUUGUACAUUUGAAACAGGAUGAUUCAUUAAAUUUGCUUUGAAAUUUUA